UUAAAACAGUUCACUUUCAGUUCUGGAGACUUAUUACUACUACAAAGUUGUUUUGACUGGUAUGUGGAUGUUUGUCUGAGAAUUGCCAAGAUGUCCUCCAGUAAUACUUCAGUCUAUGACUACUAUGAAUCAGACCCGGAUUUGCUUGAAAUAAAAAACCAGAAUAAUUUUGUAAACACAAUCCGAAUGCUAUACAUCAUUGGAUAUCUUAUCAUCUGCACCCUCGGCCUGGUUCUCAACUUAUUAACCAUUAUUGCAGGCAGCUGGUACUGCAAGUCUGACACUGCUAAGUGGAUCAUUGCAUUAGCUGUGACCCAUUUGAUCUGCUCUGCAUUUCUGCCAUUGCAGAUUCUCUACAGCUGGUACCACUUCAACUGGCACCAUGGCGCAGCUCUGUGCAAACUUUCCUCCUAUGUAUUUUAUGUCAGCAUGUUUUCAUCAGCAGCUAUACUGACUCUACAUAGCGUCACUGAUGGGAUUGAAUGCAGAAUAUCAAAGUGCAUGCCAUUCCACCAUUCAUCAGGGGUCCUGGUGAUGAUUUUGUGCUCCUGGAUAUUUGCAAUGUUCCUAGGCAUCCCAUCUUUGUACUUCAGAGGACUUCAAUACACAACGCUGGGGGAGGAGUGCAUCAAUACUUAUGAUCAUACAACACAAACCAUAAUAGGCUGCUAUAGGUUCUUACUUGGGAUUUUGAUUCCUGCAGUUAUGAUUGGCAUCUGUUGUUGCUGUAAAAGUAUUCGCAUGGAAAAAAAAUUGACGAAAAUCUUUGGUUUGAUAAAAGUGGCUUACUUUGUGUGCUGGACUCCCCUGUUAUUUAUAGGGCUCCUGCAGAACAAUCCAGAAUUUGUUUCUGAUUUCUCAUAUAGAGAUCCUGUAGUUACUGUACUGGCUGCAGCCCACUGCUGUGUCAACCCAGUGAUCUAUCUUUUGGUGAGUCUAGAUUUUAAAAUGCAGUGGGUGAGGCAAGCACAAUCUGAGCAAUCAUCCAACAGUUAUAUCUGAUGCCUAGAUAACUACAGACUGUAUACACUGUACAUUUGCUAUUAUUCCAUAUGCAUUUAUUCUGUGCUCAUGCUUAUGCAUAUACAGUAAUAAAAGAUAUAUAUAGAUGCAUAUGCUUCAUAAUAAUAACAAUACUAAUUAUUAAAACUAAUAAUAAUACUUAUAAUCAUAUCAUGCAUAAAGAUGAUGUGAAAGUAGCUUUCAAAAAAUUGUAAAUGUUUUCCGUUUUUUUUUCAUAAUAUAAACUAACACUUUUAAUAGUGUAGUCCAAAUACAUUGAAGUGAACUGAACUAAAUACAAGAUCCAAACUUAAACCAAAAGAAGAUUUUGGUUUAGAUUUAUGUUAUUUUUUACCAUCAACAUUUGUUUUUGUGAAUAUUAUGAGGCAUAAACCCAGCAAAUGGAGAUUGAGGAAUAUGUUUUCAUAAAUAAAAUAUUAUGCACUUAGAAUUAUGUACUAAGAAUAUAACAGUAUAUACAUUAUUAUUAUACUUUUUUUAAGCAACGUCACUGACUACAGUAUGUUGCAUAAUGUAGAGCUCUUCCUGAGAAAUCUGAAUUCCUACGAAUGAAACUGCACUGUGCAGGAAGCAAGAAAACACUUCAUUAUUAAAAAAAAAAACACAUGCACAUACAUGUCAGAACAAGGGGGAGAGAGAGAGAGAGAGAGAGAGAGAGAGAGAGAGAGAGAGAGAGAGAGAGACUGUUUGUGGUAAUAAUUAACGAACAGGAGUUAGUUUGUGUGACACUCACAGCUCAUGUUCUGAGUAAAGGAAUGUUUUGCAUUUGGCUUAAAGGCCAAUUUUUUGGGGGGAUUUGACUUUUUAGCUUCGCAGAUGUUUCCUGACCAAUGUUUAAUGUUAAACACACCUAUUCUCUUGUCUUCCUCCACUUGCACAUGUCUACUGUGAGAAAUCAAGAAAAUAGGUCUAUAAAGUCUAUAUUUGCCUGAACAAAAAAGCUUUUGCUUUUUACAAGAACCAACCAAUCAAACAAAAGAAAGGUUUGCAAUUUUCCAUAUACAACGAGGAGCCUUUAAUUUUGUUCUAAAAUAAACCUUGUUGUGGUCAGUAAAUUGCCAUAAAUGAUUGUACCAACGAUGUAUCAGAUAUGAUACAAAUAUGUAUAAUCAUAUAAGACUUUAAACACUUCAAUAUAAAGUAAAAAAAAUAAAAUCUUCUGUCAAUUAAGUCAUGCUUUAUAGGGUUAGGUUUGACUACAAUGACGAUAGACGAGACUUUUCACUUCUUUCUGGUGCAGUUCUUAUGUUGUUAUAAUGAUAUUCUUAAGCAUAGAUGCACUGAUAUAUUGUUGUUCUUUAACAGUUAUUUCCAGCAUGUUUGAACUUGACCUGGUAGUACAGAAAGUGUCACAGUCAGAUUCUGCCUGCUUUCGUAGAAAGAGGAUAAAAUUCUAAAGAGCCUCAAGAUUUGAAUCUAAUUUUUAUGCAAGAUGUAAGUCGACAUCACUUGAUUUUGGAGUUCAAUUGCAUACCAUGGAAACUGUGAAGGAUAAAGCAUUUUUGUUUGCUUUAGUCGAAUAUCUAGAUCAAACAAUAAGUAAUGAAGGUUGAUAAGAUAAGACAUACAAUGUGUAACUUGUUUUAAAGCUUACUUACUGCGGUCAGAGCAGAAGAGUGGGAUUUUUAUUAUUCUCCCUACAAACUGUGAACAGUUCACUUUCAAAUUUGCAGGCUCAUUACUACUACCAUGUACUACAGUAAUAAUAAUAAUACAAAAUAAUCAGUAUUUUAUCAUUAAAGAAAUAAUAAUGUAAAUAAUGUAAAUAAUAUAAUUAAUUAAUAAUUAAACAGAAGUACUAAUAGAAAUAACAGAAAUACUAUUUAUGCCAAUACAUGCUUGUUGUAGUAGCUGCAGUGUAAAUGAAUAAAACCUUAGUUAAGCAUGAACAUUUACUAUUGCAUAAUACUAUCAAUAUUAUUGAUAUAACCUUGUGUUGUUAUAUUUUGUACUAAAAAUAAAAGGUAAUGAUAAA